AGGACGAGCAUCCUGCAGGACCACGCACGGUGGCGUGCCAGACACACCGGGUUGCUGAGCGUCGCGCCGUUGUUGGUUCAAUUUGCACCGCAAGCCAGUGCAGUAAGCGCAGUGUUCUCUCCAGCGGACAGUAGUAGACUUGCACUUGGCAACAGCGUAACGGCGGCCGGGCGGUAACAUGGGAGCCAAGGUAGUGUGCGGUGUAUGGUACGUGCUCGCGGUCGCCGCGGUGCUGGUGGCGCUGCUAACCGACGGGGUUGCGGCCGGUUCCUGCCGGGAGGCCACGCUCUGCUGCAACGGGCGUGACUCGUCGUGCGUCGUGCAGAAGGCCCCACUGAACGCCAUCAUCGAGGAUCUGAACGAUAAGCCGUGCUACUGUGAUCACGCCUGCCUCAAGCUCGGCGACUGCUGCGAUGACUUCAAAUCGCACUGCGGCGUAAUCGACUGCAUCGUGAGCGAAUGGGGCCAGUGGAGCGAGUGUGACACGGCCUGCGGCAACGGUAUGAUGUCCCGGACUCGCGUCAUCGAGCAGAAACCGCAGAACGGUGGCAAACACUGUCCGUCGCUGGUGCAGAAACGGGGCUGCCAGGGCCUGAAGUGCCACAACCAUCACGACCGGAAGGCGCUGCGCGAAACGGCCCUCCUGCUGCCGGCGGCCCUGUCCAAGAGCCGUCACGAGAACGACACCAGCGACAUCCGGCGGAAUCUACGACUGCGCUACAAGAACGCCUUCAAGCACAACCGGGGCAAUGAGUACUGCGUCGAGUUCGAGGUCAUCAAAGCGACGAAGGCGUGCCACAAGGACACCACCUACCGUGGGCUGGCCGAGGGCGAGCGCGUCAUCGUGCGCUGCGAUCUGGAGGCCCUGCAUGAGGACAAAAGCGUCGACACGCUCGCCAGCAACUCGGUCCAGGAUGAGGACGAACCGGAGGACACGCCAAAGUACCGCUGCCGGGGCGAUGGGCUGACCGGGCGGAACACCCGCUUCACGACACUGGCCAUGCCGGCCUGCCGGGGCAAGUGGAUGCGCCUGACGGUGGGCCAGCCCAAAAAGUGUCCCUCGAGUGAUGCCCAGUUUAUCUUCAUCUAAGUGCGGUCCGGUUGUG